CCUGUAUAUAUAUGUUCAUGCAAAUUGCAAAUUAUUUGUAUAUAAAGCAAGCAAGUUGGCAAGUACUAAUUUGUAGAGUAGCGGUCUUUUUGAAUGUCUGAUUGAGGAACCUCAACCUCGAUAAAAUAAAUAGGACACCAAAUUAACCAAAGAACUACUGCUCCAGCAGCACCCCCCACCCCAUAUAUCCCAUCCCACAUACGCACUCAGUCCAUAAUGGAACCAAACAGUUCUGAUCAUCGUGAGGCGGUGGAAAUAGCCAUGGAGACGGAGGUGCACCGUGUGGCUCCGCCUCCUCACCGUAGCACCCUUGAGAAACUGAGGACACGCCUCAAAGAAACCUUCUUCCCGGAUGAUCCUCUGCGCCAGUUCAAGGGCCAGUCAUGGAAAGUAAAGUUGAUUCUUGGAGCGCAGUACAUAUUUCCCAUACUUGAAUGGGGUCCCAAGUAUAGUCUCACACUCCUCAAAUCUGAUAUUGUUUCUGGUCUCACCAUAGCCAGCCUUGCCAUACCUCAGGGUAUAAGUUACGCAAAGCUGGCUAAUUUGCCUCCAAUCGUCGGUCUAUAUUCAAGUUUUGUGCCUCCCCUAAUAUACGCUGUUCUUGGGAGCUCAAGAGAUCUUGCAGUAGGUCCAGUUUCGAUUGCUUCUCUGAUAAUGGGAUCAAUGCUGAGACAAGUAGUUUCACCUGCUAAAGACCCCAUUUUGUUUCUUCAACUCGCAUUCUCUUCGACCUUUUUUGCCGGGCUUUUUCAAGCUUCUCUUGGCUUCUUAAGGCUUGGAUUUAUCAUCGACUUUCUUUCGAAAGCAACUCUCAUCGGAUUCAUGGCUGGUGCUGCCAUUAUUGUCUCUCUUCAGCAGCUUAAGAGCCUUCUUGGCAUCACUCACUUCACUAAGAAAAUGGGCAUAGUUCCUGUUUUGACUUCUGUUUUCCACAACACACAUGAGUGGUCGUGGGAAACUAUUCUCAUGGGAUUUUGCUUUCUGGUGUUCCUCCUUCUGGCUAGACAUAUUAGCAUGAAGAAACCAAAGCUAUUUUGGGUGUCAGCUGGAGCACCUCUCCUUUCUGUUAUCCUCUCAACUCUGCUGGUUUUUGCAUUCAAAGCUCAAAAUCAUGGCAUCAGUGUCAUUGGGAAACUACAAGAAGGCUUGAAUCCCCCUUCAUGGAACAUGCUGCAUUUUCAUGGUAGCUAUUUGGGACUUGUAAUGAAAACAGGUCUCAUCACUGGUAUCAUUUCGCUUACAGAAGGAAUUGCGGUUGGAAGGACAUUUGCAGCAUUGAAGAACUAUCAGGUGGAUGGAAACAAGGAGAUGAUUGCUAUCGGACUAAUGAAUAUAGUUGGCUCGUCCACUUCUUGUUAUGUCACAACAGGUGCUUUUUCAAGAUCGGCUGUGAAUCACAACGCAGGGUGCAAAACUGCAGUUUCUAACAUAAUAAUGGCAGUGACGGUCAUGGUAACGCUCCUCUUCCUCAUGCCGCUCUUUCAGUACACACCAAACGUCGUGUUGGGGGCAAUCAUCGUCACUGUUCCGGCUGCCUGCCAAAUUUGGAAGAUCGACAAAUUUGAUUUUCUUGUGAUGUUAUGUGCAUUCUUGGGAGUCCUCUUCAUCUCUGUCCAGGAGGGCCUAGCCAUUGCUGUGGGAAUAUCUGUUUUCAAGGUUCUGCUACAAAUCACUAGGCCUAAAACUGUGAUAUUGGGAAACAUACCCGGUACAGAUAUUUAUCGCAAUCUUCACCACUACAAAGAAGCUGUCAGCGUUCCUGGAUUCCUAAUUCUGAGUAUUGAAGCUCCAAUUAACUUUGCUAAUACCACUUAUCUUAAGGAAAGGAUUACAAGAUGGAUAGAAGAAUAUGAAACAGAAGAUGCAAAUGCUAAAAAGAAGUCUGAAGUUAAGUUUGUGAUUCUUGAUUUGUCUGCUGUGAGCGCAAUCGAUACAAAUGGAGUCUCCUUCUUCAAAGAUUUGAAGAUGGCACUGGAAAAGAAGAACUUGGAGCUUGUGUUGGUGAAUCCAGUUGGUGAGGUGAUAGAAAAGUUGCAAAGGGCCGACGAUGCCAAAGAAUUAGCAAGACCUGAUUGUUUGUUCUUGACAGUUGGGGAAGCAGUAACUUCACUUGUGUCAACAGUGAAGAGCCAUUCAUCUAGUUAUGUAUGAUGAGAGGCCUAUUAAUAAUUAUACCAAUAAUUUUCCUUUUCCUUUUGUCAUUUUGGCAGAAAAAUGAAAGCUUUCCAUGACAAGGAAACAUUUACGUGUGAUCUUUUGUGAGUAUAGAUAUCUAUAGAACGUACUAGUUUGAGAUGUCAUGCAAAAUGUUUCUAAGUUGUAUGUUGUAAGACAAAUCCAUGGGCUUAAGCCCAAAUAUUUUUCGCUAAAGUUCAUGUUGGGCUGAAUAUCUCAAUGAAUAAUGUCCCAUUUGGGCAUGGACUGAGCCCACGGCCUAAA